UUCUCUCUCUCAUAUUUAUUUCCUCUCCAAAUUUCUCAAGUCGUGAAUUCCUCGUCUCCUCCUCCGUCUUCUCUUCUCUCUCUUUCCUUCGGUAUGGAUUACUAGAAAAACUCGUAUUACUCCCUCCAAAAUAGCUGCUUACUUCCCCGUCUCUCUCUUUUUUUCUCUCUAGGGUUUCAACACAACUUAACAGUGGCGAGAACAGAGAGCCGGUAACUAUAAUCAGAGAGUUUUUUUGAGCUUCUUUUCCUGACAGGAGAACUCUGUUAGGGUUUUUGAAUCGCGAGAGCUUCAAUUUCUCUGCCAAGCAAGAGCCGGCUUCUCUCGGCUCUUCGCGGAGACGGUGUUUUUAGCGAUUAGUGUAUUCGUUGAUUGCAUGUCUUUGGGACAGGGUCCAUGUUGCUCAUCCGGAAUUGAAUGGUUGUUAACAUGGACUUGAAUGCAUCUCCUUUGCCAGAAGAAGAUGAAGAGACAUUUGAAGGGCAUAUAGAAGAAUACGCAGCGCAAGAAGACCGAACAGAGUCCGCGGUUGAAAUUUCUCGCCGGGAGCGUGAAGAAAGAAAGAAGCGUUUGAGAAGUGACAGACCAGCACAACUAUCUCAGCCACCUGUGCAAGAUCGAUUUUAUCAAAAUAAAAACGCUAAGGUUCAUGACAAAAGUAAGAUACCCUCAGGUUGGUUGGAUUGCCCUUCGUUUGGUCAGGAAAUAGGAUGUAUUAUUCCUUCUAAGGUUCCACUUGGGGAAUACUACAAUGACAAUGUUCCUCCUGGUAAAAGAUACUCUUUUAAACAAGUCAUUCAUCAACAGAGAGUGUUAGGAAGAAAACUUGGUCUCGUGAUUGAUUUGACGAAUACUAGUCGGUACUAUUCAGCAUUGGAGUUGAAGAAAGAUGGCAUUAAGCAUGUUAAGAUUGCGUGCAGGGGGCGUGAUGCUGUGCCUGAUAAUGCAUCUGUAAAUAACUUCGUUUAUGAGGUCACUCAGUUCCUUUCCCGUCAGAAACACUCAAAGAAGUAUAUUCUUGUCCAUUGUACGCAUGGCCAUAAUCGCACGGGAUUCAUGAUUGUUCACCAUCUUAUGCGCUCUUUGUCGAUGUCUGUCACUCAGGCAAUAAAAAUAUUUGCUGAAGCGCGUCCCCCGGGAAUAUACAAAAAAGACUAUAUUGACGCUCUGUAUACAUUUUAUCAUGAAAGAAAGCCAGAAAUGGUCACUUGCCCGUCAACCCCAGAGUGGAAAAGGUCUUCUGAACUUGAUCUUAAUGGUGAAGCAGUACCAGAGGAUGAUGAUGAAAGAGGCUCAGCUGCUCCUUUGCAUGAUAAUCAUCAGAUGGAUGUAAUAAUGACAAAUGAUGACAUCUUGGGUGAUGAAAUACCUAAUGACCAGCUGGAUGCACUGCGACAAUUCUGCUACCAAACUCUUAAGUUGAAUGUUGGGGGAAGAGGAUACUCGCAAUUUCCAGGUUCACACCCAGUUUCUCUAAACAGGGACAAUCUACAGCUUUUAAGACAGCGAUAUUAUUACGCCACGUGGAAAGCUGAUGGAACAAGAUAUAUGAUGCUAAUAACUAUGGAUGGCUGUUAUUUAAUUGACAGGAGUUUUAAUUUUAGAAGGGUUCAGAUGAGAUUUCCUUGUAGACAGACUUCUGAAGUAUGUGGUGAAAGAACUCACCAUUUUACGUUGCUUGAUGGGGAGAUGAUUAUUGAUACUUUGCCAGACUCCCAGAAGCAGGAGAGGAGAUACCUAAUCUAUGAUCUGAUGGCAAUUAACCAAGUAUCUGUCAUAGAGCGGCCUUUCUGCGAACGAUGGAAGAUGCUUGAGAAGGAAGUGAUUGAACCUCGGAAUUAUGAGCGCCAUCACAUUUUUCAGAGCAGAAAUCCUCACUACAGAUAUGACCUUGAGCCUUUCAGGGUGCGAAGGAAGGACUUUUGGCCUCUUUCAACUGUUAUCAAACUUCUAAGGGAGUUUAUUCCUAAGCUCUCACAUGAUGCUGAUGGCUUAAUUUUUCAGGGUUGGGAUGAUCCUUAUGUUCCUCGUACACAUGAAGGUCUCUUAAAGUGGAAAUAUCCUGAAAUGAACUCAGUUGACUUUCUUUUUGAGAUGGAUGCUGAUGACCGCCAGAUGCUUAUUCUUCAUGAACGAGGGAAGAGGAAACUUAUGGAAGGGAAUACUGUUGUGUUCAGAGAUGGUUCAGAUCCUGCCUCAUACUCGGGGAAGAUUAUAGAGUGUUCUUGGGAUUCAGAUGAACAGGUGUGGGUAUGCAUGCGAAUUCGGACAGAUAAGUCAACUCCAAAUGAUUUCAAUACCUAUAAGAAGGUGAUGCGGAGCAUAAGAGACAAUAUCACAGAGGAUGUGUUGUUGAAUGAGAUUUUUGAGAUUAUUCGCCUGCCAAUGUAUGCCGAUAGGAUAUCCAAUGAUAGCAAAGCUCACCAGCAUGUAAAUUCAGCACGCCAUGAUAGCAAAUCUCACCAGCAAGUGAAUUCAGCACGACGCAGAUGAGAGGUGUCUGGUAUUCAAUGUGUUCGAAUCUGAUACAGGUUGUACCUUAAAAUAUCUGCACACAGGUCAUUGCUGGUUUUACUUGGCAGAAGUGGGUUGUACUUAGGGUAAAUUACCGGAAGGGCUUCACAGAGAGAUAUUUGUGUAAUUAGCUAUCCCUUUCUAUAGCAUGUGCUAUUCUGGUCAGCUGUAUGGUCCAGUUGGUACACUUAAUAGUUAUCGAUAUCAGGUUAAAAAGGAUUUUUCUGGUAGUUUUUUCAGAUGGAGAGAAGUAGGUUAGAAUGUAUAUUAGUAUUUUGUCCCUUUUAAUGUAGUAAUUGCUAAGUUGAUUACAAGGUAGUUAUUUUUUAGUACAAAACCUUGUUUCACAAUUAGGAUUGUUAUAUGCUCUUUCAUGUGAAUAUGGCUUUGAGAUUUUUUUUCUCUUUUGAGAUGGCAGUGGUGGACCAUCUGAAUUACAUGCUCCUUGUUUUAGGAUA